AUCACAUUAAUUCACUGCUCUUACCAUUGAAAUUCUUGUGUUUUGUCUAUAUACCACUAUUCUAAAGUCUAAAAAAUGGCUUUUCUCCAAUAUAAUUACGCUUUUCUCUUCAUUGUUAUGCUCUUGCCUAUGCUAUGCUACAGCAGUAAUUAUGUUCCAAAAGCUUCCUAUUAUAGCACCCCAGAUGGCAUGGGGACCUCAAGUGGAGCGUGUGGUUACGGAGUCUAUGGGAAAGAUGUGAAUAAUGGGGAUGUUUGCACAGCCUCCAGACGCCUUUACAAAAAUGGGGCUGCCUGUGGAGCAUGCUACCAGGUAAGGUGCAAGGACAAGGAAUUGUGCAGUGAGGAGGGUGCAAAGGUGGUGUUGACUGACAGUGGAGAAGCACAUGGAACAGACUUCAUUCUCACCCACCGUGCCUAUGCUAAACUGGCAAAGCAGCCCUAUAUGGCUCAGCAUCUGUUUGCCAAAGGAGUUGUUGAAGUAGAAUAUCGUAGGGUUUCUUGCAAAUAUGGUGGAAAUCUCAUGGUUAAAGUCCAUGAACAUAGCAAGAACCCUCAUUACCUUGCUAUUGUUGUUAUGAAUCAAGGUGGUGCUACUGACAUUCUUGGUGUCGAAGUCUACGAGGAGGAAACAAAAGAAUGGAUAUCAAUGAGGAGGGCUUAUGGAGCUGUGUUUGACCUAUGGAGCCCACCAAGUGGUGACCUUAAGGUGAGGUUCCUCACAAGUGCUGGUACCGAGACCAAAUGGGUGGAGUCUGAUAACGCUGUAAUUCCUGCUGAAUGGAAAGCUGGGAUCAGUAUUGAGACAGACAUUCAGCUCUCUUAAACAAAAGUGUUGUGACAUAUAUAUUUAUCUACAUCUACCUUUUAAUGAAUUAAUAGUGCUACUUUGUGAUGUCUUCGCUAUCAGUUACAGAAUAAAUUUAGAUCAGUUGCAUAUUAGGAACUAUCGCCUCCUGUACUUUAUUCUCUAAUAAGAGUACUAUAUAUUACUGUAAUAAACCUCUUAACUGCUGCUUGUUUUAACAACGUUGUUGAGUUAUCAUGGCUUAAUUCUUGUACAUCAUUUCUUAGUACAGAUAAAACAUUAACAGUAAUAUGUAAAGAUGA